GAGAGCAGUUCGAUACGAUUUUGCGGCCGAGGAUCCGCGGAGUGUCAAAGCAGUGUCAGUGAACCGACCGAAAAAAUACGAUACGCGGUGUGGCCAGUGGGAUAAUGUUUAAGUGUGUCGCCGUGAAGGCCGUCGAGGUUGCACGGAGAGAGACGAAACUCGCCGAGGAGACUAAGAACGCGUGACAGGUCUGGGCGAGGCUCCAGGAAGACGCCUCCGCGAGGAUCCCCCGGGCGCAGCGAAGGAGUAAGAUCCGCCGCGACACAGCCACCGUGGUGUCGUCCCGUAGGCGUAGGAAGGUAGAGUAGUAAGGAUGCUAGUCUUCCCGGGCGGCGAGACAUCGACGAGGAUGGGAUCGAUGGUGUCGCAUCAACGGCAACUACGUCUGCUGCUGUCGAUCCUGGUGCUGUUGUCCCCACGGCUGCCGGUUCGUUCGACCCCCGCCGAUGUAGUACAAAAGUUUCACGACCCGGAGGUGAAGCACAUGAACCAUCUGGUAGUCGACAAGAACACCGGUCGCGUGUACGUGGGCGCUGUGAACCGGCUGUAUCAGCUCUCGCCGGAUCUGGGCCUGGUCGUGAAAGAGGUGACCGGCCCGAAAGGGGACUCGACCGCAUGUUCGAUGAUCAACUGUCCUCGGGAGACACCGACUCGACCGGUCGACAACGUGAACAAAGCUCUGGUAAUCGAUUACACGACCACCAGACUGAUCUCGUGCGGUAGCGUGUCGCAGGGCACCUGUCAGGUGAGGAAUCUUCAUAACAUCUCGGACAUUGUGCAAGAGGUGAAAGAGGCGGUGGUCGCGAACAACGCGACAGCAUCCACGGUCGCGUUCAUAGCUCCUGGACCACCGAAUCCACCUGUCUCUCAGGUGAUGUACGUUGGGGUAACGUUCACUGGGAACUCGCCGUAUCGAUCGGAAGUGCCGGCGGUCAGCUCUAGAUCCCUGGACUCUAACAGGAUGCUGAACAUCGCGGAAGCGGCGGUAACCACCGGGACCAGAAUGUACGUGAACUCGUUGUCACGGGAACGAUACCCGAUCAAUUACGUGUACGGGUUCAGCAGGGUGGUUUCAGAGAUGAAGAACACCGAUACUGCGAUCUACAUAUCGAAGCUGGUCCGCGUAUGCCAGGACGACCAGCAUUACUACUCGUACACCGAGAUACCGAUCAACUGCACCAACGACGGGGUGGAUUACAAUCUCGUGCAGGCCGCGUACGUCGGCAAGGCCGGUUCGGUUCUCGCCGUUGAAUUGGGGAUCACCGCUCAGGACGACGUGCUGUUCGCGGUGUUCUCCGAGGGCGACACCCUGAGCAGCGACGUGCCGAAGCCGCAUUCCGCGCUCUGUGUGUACUCGUUAAAGUCUAUUAGGAGGAAGUUCAUGACCAAUAUACAGAAGUGCUUCAGCGGCGAGGGACACCGUGGAUUGGACUACGUCUCGCCGAGUCACAAGUGCAUCUUAACGAAUACUAAAAAAUUAGUCAAAAUACUCCAAAAUAUUCCAAAGGACUCCAAAACAACUCAGAGUUCGGAACUAAAUGUAGCAAAGCAACGGGAGACGAUAGAAGACCAGCACAAGAGAGAAUAG